AUGGAUUUCAAGGGCAUGGAAACAGAAGCACUCGACAAAUUGCUGAUUGAUAGCAUUCAUGAACUCGAAAAACAAAAAUUUGUCGAUCACCAUUUUCGAGAAUGCCAUUCGUUGAAAGAGGACAACGGUGUGUCGUUUUUCUUGGACCUGAUUCUCAUUUUUCUCAGUGAUGUUGAAUCAGCAGUGAAUGAGAUGGAAAAGGCAAUGUCUCAAGAAGUUGUGGACUUCAAUCAAAUCUAUUCAUAUUAUAUCAAGCUUAAAGGAAGCUCUGCGUGCAUUGGUGCUUGUCGAAUUACAGCUACGUGUUCCAGUUUACGUUAUGCUAUUGAUAACAAAUCCAAAGAAGGAUGUGUGCAGGCAAUAAGUCUUAUGAAAGAUGAAUACAACAGUUUGAAUGACCAGUUGAGCAAUAUCGUCAAGAUUGAGCAAGAACUUGUUUCCAGAGCUACAGGACAGGAGCAACGUGACUGAGUGGAUGGAUGCAGAAACAUAUAAAUACAGCACAAGCAAAAUUAUCCCUUCUGACUUUUUUAAUUUUUUCUCUCUUUUUAGCCUCUUAAGUGGAGUAGUAUAUAUAAUCUUGAAAUCAUUAUAGCAAAUGAAA